AUGGCCCCAGCGGAGGCUCCUUCACCUGCUUUUCCCAUAUUGGAUCCGGUUAUUGUGGACGACGAGAUGGAAAACGCCUAUCAAGAUGCAGACAUUGACUUUCUCGAUCCUGCAAGGCUGCAGAUGUCGUCGGGAAACGCUGGCCAGGAAUUCGACGACCUCUUAGCGCAUACCUCCUCCUCGCGAACACUUACGGAUUCUGAUUCGGCAUGCUUGUCCCCAUCCGAAUUGUCCGUGAAGCGGCAUUAUGCAGAACAAGAUCACUUGCGACAGCCCCGCGUCAUGACCGCCGACUCGCCCGCGGAGUCCCCAGACAACUCAAGUCGGAGCUCGUCGUCAGAGUCACCGCGGAAUCAGCAUCUUCGACACUCAUCAGUCGCCUCGUCCGCGGGUGAGAGCGCAAUGAUGCCGUUCGGAUAUACAUCGUCGGAGGAUUGGAUGAACCCUGAUCUCGAAUCAGUAAAGGAGGAACCGUUAUUUGGGUUGGACUCGUCACUCCAACCCAUGGAUAAUGGUCUGCCAAUGGACGGCGAUCUCGAAUCCAGUAACAAAGCGAUGGAUGCCGCGUUCGACUUUGAGAGUGCUGCCAGCAGUCCCAGUCUCCUGAAGGCAGAUGUUACACCACAACCGAAACUACAGAAGCGGUUCAAGUCCCAAAUGCGAAAGAACUCUUCUAAUCCUACAAGGAAAUCCACUUCUCCUCUUCCAACAUCUGCCUCUCCUUUCUUCCCUAAUGGUCUUCGAGAAAUGUCUCCUUUCCCAGGUUCGAAUUUAUCCGCCCAAGGGAAACCGUCACCUGCCAGCCAAUGGGGCGGACAAUCGCCAUCAUCUAUUUUAGAGGAAAGCUUUGGCGGAAUCAACAUGAACAGCGGUUCUCCCAUGAACUCGAGCUUCAACUUCGGGCAGAACAGUUUCUCAUUUGGCAUGGAUCUUGCUCCAUCGCCGCCACAAAACCACAUCAAACCGGAGCCGCCCCAGCGUCAUGUCUUGACUGUGCAUCCCACGUCCUUGAAAUCACGCGUGGAAACCCAGAUCCCGAUUCGUUUGACACUCUUUCCGCUGCCCCCGGGAGUGAAGAAAUUACGAUUACCAAGUCACACAAUUUCAAAACCCAAAUUCCUCGCCCCGGCAUCAACCGAGCGCUCUCCGGAUACGAUGGAGUUGCACACCAGUCUUGUCUGCACCAGUGCAAUGCAGGACCAGCAAAGGCUCCAAAGAGCAUUUGCUAGAGCGCGAGGUGAGGUCUAUUGCAAUCUGUCGUCUGCCGAUGAAUCACAGGAAGAGGACACCCCGUUGGGUGGUGGGGAAGUCAAGAUCUGUGCCGGCUGUAUCCAACGUGAACGGAAACGCGCCUCCCGGAAGAAGCAGAGGAAGCCUGAGGAAGAUGAACUAUUCCAGAAGGAUGAGGAGAAGAGGGUCAUUGUGUUCAAUACCAAUGAGCUCAAGGAGUGGACAGAAGCGUCAAAAAACAGCGUACCAAGUUACAGCGACAUCCCCCCUCCCAACGUACCUGCUGGUGCGAUGCAGGUUGAAUUGCCCAUGCGAAUAGCAUGCUAUUGCAGGCACCAGAAUGAAAAACUCGGGUUUCAGGUGAUUUUUACAGUCAAGGAUUGGGUGGGCAAUGUCAUUGCCCAGGCCAUAACCAAUUCAAUCAUGAUCACGGAUGACCAUAAGACACAUGCACCUCCCGCACCUCCUGCCCCUGGUCCGUCCCCCGCGUUGCCCGAUGGGACACAGCUCCCCGGUGUCGGUGUCUUUCACUCAGGUACCAACGUCGAUACUGGCAAAUCGAACGCCAUGACGCAGCCUUCGUUCCAAGCUGCAUCCUCGGCAACCGACUUACAAGGUCUCCAGCAACGACUGAACUCACAGUAUCAGGCGACGCCAGGCUCAUUUGCCAUUCCUCAAAACACGACUAAUGGCACAUCAAAUUCACAAGCACAUCGCAGUCUUUCGCGGCAAACAUCGCCUAAUGACUUCCAAGGCCCAAUGAGCAAGCGACGCAAGCAUAGCAGUUCGAGCAGACUUCCAUCGGAGUUAACCAUGACCAAACUCGAGAAUUCUCAACCAUCAUCUUCCGGGGCCACCUCGCAGCCCAUGGGCAACGGCUCCCAAUUCCCGACGACACGUGCAUUUGCAUCACCAUCUGAGAGGCCUUUCGUAUCGCCGUCCGCUAUGCCUGGCCAAUUUGCAAACGGCCCUCCGACACCGAACAGCAAUGACAAUAACCCGUUCUUUAGCCUCAAUGCUCAGCAGUCAAGAGCAGAUAGUCUACAGCAAUUGAUGUCAGCUCCAAAUUCGGCCCAGCCCAGUCGUCCUGGUUCUCCUGGAUCGUCAGCUCGCAAUAACUUCCAGGAGCAGAGUUUGAACAUUCUGGGUCCUAGUCCGUCAACCCCGAUGUGGCCUCCGUUGACCAAUGCUGGAAACCGGCUACCAUCUGUCAUCCACAAGCUGGUACCUGCAGAAGGCUCCAUCACGGGUGGGACAGAAGUCACCCUGCUGGGCAGUGGUUUCUACCCAGGUAUGGAAGUUGUCUUCGGAGACACCCUUGCAACGACCACAACUUUCUGGGGCGACAAAUGCCUCAAUUGCCUUACUCCGCCUGCCCUGCAGCCUGGCCUGGUAGCAGUCGUCUUUAAACAUGAACACCCGACAUUUGGUCAGAUGCAGACUCAGCCCCUGAUGCCGAAACAACAACAGUUCUUCCGCUAUGUGGAUGAUCGCGAACUUCAAAUGUACCGUCUGGCUCUUGGUAUUCUUGGACAGAAGCUGGGAAGCCAGGCAGAUGCGUUCCAGACGGCCCAGCAAAUCAUGGGAAGCGACCCGAAGGCGAUGUUCAAUAUGCACAAAGAUUUUCAAAAUGGUUCCGGCGGUGGUCAUCAACGCCAGGUCCCUGGAUUAGAGUCACAGGGUCAAUUGACCGAUCUGGAUUCGAAGAUGCUGACGUAUCUCGAAUUCGUUGACCUUGACGAUAGCCCGCGUCCACCCAAGUAUAAUUCGCGCUGCGGAACGGGACAGACUCUUCUGCAUUUUGCGUCUUCCUUGGGAUUGACACGGUUUGUUGCAGGACUCCUUGCACGGGGUGCCAACCCGGACGUGCAGGACAACACCGGAAACACACCAAUGCACUUGGCAGCUCUGAAUGGCCACGCGCACAUCGUUCAUCGACUUCGCCUGACUGGUGCAAAUGCCCACGCCCGCAGUACGAGAGGCUUUACACCGGCUGAUCUCGCAUCGACACUACCUGCCCAUCAGGCCGCGUUGUUGCCUGCACGACACUAUCGCUCACGCAGUGUUGGGUCACUGGGAUCAUCACGGCGUCAACACGGUAGUUCUGCGUCGCUUCACUCGCUCUGGGAAACGUCGUCUGGUUCAAGUUCGUUCGACAACGCGAUUGAGGAUUCGGAUGAUUCUGGAGAAAAUGACCUUUCUGACUCGGAAGCUGAUCUCCAUACCUCGUCUCGGCGUCCGAGUGUUCACCAGGAUUCUCAGCCUCCAGUUGCAUCCGAAGGCGCAGAACCAGCUGAAGUUGCCCGUCCAUUCUCCCCUCCGGCAGCUCUCGUCGCUUGGCGCAACCAGCUUCAAGCUCAAAUCAACCAAUUCCAGCAAAGUGUUUCCAACGCAUUCCCUAACCUUCCUGCUCUGCCUCCUAUGCCAGCUUUGCCUGACUAUCAAGCACACCCGAUGAUGCGUCGUAUCACCAACCUGGUGCCUAACCCAACCGGAGCCUGGUCGACAAAGGACGGCUGGUGGGAUCUGCUCAAAGGCAACGGCAGCAAUUCCUCGCCGACUACUGAGCUACCCUCAUACGAGGACUUGUACCCACGAAAGGAAGACGAGCAAGAGACAGAGACGUCGGACAUGAAGAAGACGUCUCUGAUGCGGGCAGCUACCGAAGCAUUGGUGGACCAGCACUUUGAGGCGCAGUCCAGUCGAUCCCAGACCGCUCCUGUCAAGGAUGACAAGGAGGACCUCAAAGACAUUAGAAUUGGCCGGAAGGUGAUCUCUCGUGAGCAACAGAAGCAUCUCCGAGCACAGCAAGCGCAGAGAAUGAAGGGAUUGGGCAGCGAUCGGAACUUGUAUUUCAUUUGGCCCAUCUUCGAGAACAAACUCCCGCUCAAGAACCUCCACUGGAAGUCUCCCAGUCGUCCCGUCCGCUCGAUCGAAUCCCUCCGCAUCGGCUUCGUUCCUGCAGCGCAACAGGACAAUGCAGAGCGCAAAUCCUCCAGCGAUACAGCCCUCGGCGGUGUUCCUCACCGACGACACCAGAUCCCGGGUUUACGACAGACACCAUACUUGAAAAUCUUCUUACUCCGAUGCGACGAUAACGACACCUACAAAGCCACCGCCCGGAAAACAGUGCGCGAAUGGAUCAAAACACAAGCUUCGACAACGCAAGCCAACACCUCUUCUUCUUCGUCGACGACAGUCCCUAGUAGCCAGGAGAAACACGAUGCCUUCGAGUGGUUGGUCGUCCAUGUCGUGCAGGACGGGGACGGCGCGGAGAAGGCCGCGAGUACAUCGAAAUGGGGCCAGCGAACCACAUCUGUGCUGGAGAAGCUCAAGGCCGACUUCAACGGGUCAUCCAAGUCCGCGGUAGACCGGAUCGCCCAGCUACGGCUUCCUAAACCGGGUACAACACAGAAGCCGCCUGAGUUGCCGGACCAGAUCGAGGACUUGGUGGAGAAGAUGAAGAAUGCGAUUCUGGCAUCGUUUGAUCUUCGGGUUGCGCAGUAUGAAGAGGAUAUUAAGGAGAAAGACUCGCAACGGAGUCUUCCGGGUUGGAACUUCUGUACGUUCUUCAUCUUGAAGGAAGGUCUUGCGAGGGGUUUUGAGAAUGUGGGCUUGUUUGAGGAUGCGCUGGUUGGGUACGAUGAGCUUUCUGUUGGACUGGAUAGCGCAAUUCAUGAGCAGCUUGAGGGAAGCGGUGACCACCAUGGUAGCGCUUUAUUGACGCAUAGCAAGGAUUGGAAUGGGAUGGCCAAAAAAGCGCUGGAGUCUCUACCAGCUGGCGGCGAUGAUUCGAAGGAUGAGGGCGAGGGAAAACUCACCCCGGUUCCGGAAAUUGAACCUAGCGAUUUCCCAUUCGAUUCUACCAAGAAACCUUACCGGGAGAUGAUCUUGGCCAGUGACAUCUCCAUUUUCGAUUUCCGGACCUACGUCUUUUCGCGACAACUGACGCUGCUCCUGAGGGCAGCACGGGCCCCAUCAGUGAUCAACGAGGACCAAGACUCAGCCAAGAAGGAGAAGAAGCCUGAGAAUCUGACACUUCUUUCAGAAAUAUGCGAGAGAGCGACCGAAUUCAUCGCACUUGCGGCACGGACACUCCGAUGCGAUCUGGAAUAUGGUCUAGCCGAGGUGGACAACGCAGCCAAGGCCGACAUAAUCAACAAUCUUGUAUCCUCUUGGACGUAUGCUGCUGCGUCACAAAUUUUAUCUCAGACUACCGCACCAACCCUUACGCUUCCAGACUCUAUUCGUGUCAUUGAGAAGUCGAUGGAGUCUUCAUCAUCAUCAGCCGCCGCCGAGAUCAGACCCGAUGUUCCCAAACGCUCUAGCUCAUUGAUCCCACCGCCUGCUCCUCGUCCCGCUCGUCCAGCAAGUCAGGAUAUCUUUGACGUCCUUGCUCCUGUCCACACCCGUCCCGGUUCGGAUCCGAAGCCUGCCCCUAAUCUAAAUCCUAAGACCGGUUCUGAGCAAUUGGCGUCAGGGAGAGGAGAGCUGUAUUUGCUGUCUCGGCGGGUUCUGGAAGACAUCGCCGGGCGACGGGGCUGGAAGGAGAGAUGGAACGAGCUCGGUCUUUUAUUCGAUAGUAAAGGCGCUGGUGAAGGAGACAUGAAAGAAGUAUCGUUGGAUGAUGCACAAUCGGGCGGGACCCAAGAGCCUCCUAAGUCAGCCUAUCCUCUUUGCGGUAUUGACCUACCCGGACUGAAGACUGCUUUGCAAUCGAGACGGGCCUUCCGUGCUCAGUACGAGGAGCUCACAGACCAAAUUUUCCGUCACCAUAUCGCGGCAAGUCGUCCCUAUUCUGCCGAGAUGGCUAUCGCAGAUACUGCUCUGCUGCGAUACCGCCAGGCCGAUUACAGCGCAGCAGCCGCCCAUUUCCACCAGAUUGCCCCGUUCUACGGCAACAAGCGCUGGAACGUCUUGGAGGGAGCCAUCCUGGAGAUGUAUGCGCGGUGCCUGAAGGAAUUGAAGAAGAGUGAGGAAUACGCUCGCAUGCUGCUCCGCCUCCUGGCCAAGUUUGCUGCCCAUACGCAGGCCAACCUGACCGGGCACCAGCAAAAGAUGCUCGGUACUUCAUCUUUGUUAUUAUCGGUGUCUCCGUAUGUUGACGAGCUAUUCGAGACGUCAAGUACGCUGCAGAAGGAAGUUCCUGCUUCUUUGACCGACUUCUUCGCGGAUAUACGGGUUGAUCCUGUGGUUCUUCAUUACGAGAAUAAGGAUGGGUUCCAGGUGCAGCUUUACUUGCGUUUCCUGUUAGGGAAACAGAUUGAUGUCGACGCCGUCAAGGUUCGGCUUGUCAGUGCGAAUGGCUCUCAGAGUAGUGAGCAUUGGAUUGAGACUUGCGCUAAGGCAGUUGUUAAGUCGACUUCGACAAGGUUGCUCGUUGAUUCUUCGACAAGUCUCCAAGGGAAAUACUAUGUGGAUCGCAUUGAGAUGCGAGCAGGCAACAUUGUGUUUACAUUGGGAGGCGGAAAGCACUCUGCCUUCCCCUUGGGCCUCCGAGAAACCCUAGGCGCCUCAGACGAGGACAGUCGAUCUUACAUUUACUGCUACCCACCCCCCGAAGGACUCCAGGCCAAGAUUGUGUCCACCCACUUGAUCAACCUGGAAGAGAUGCGAUCACUGGAAUUGGAGCUUCACAGCGGACGAAACGAUAUCAAGAGCGGGACGAUUCGAGUGCGGCCCGCGACGGCUGGGCUUCGACUACGGAGCGCAGAGGCUAAGCUUGUAGAGGGAGAGAUGAACAUAACGGCCAACAAUGAGUCGGGUAAUAUUGAGUUCUCUCAGUUCGGGUCAAAAUCGUUUGUUCGGUUCCGAAUUCCGUAUACGGUCGAGGAGAAUCACCCGACACUUUCUGCGCGGGCGGAGGUUACUUACGAGACGGAGCACGGGCGGUUCUCGUACUCGUCGGUUCAUAACGUUGUUUCUUCACUUCCAAUCAGUGUCAAUGUGCAGGAUAUCUUCAAGGAUGAGGUGCUAUUCUCGCGGUUCACGAUCAGUCCGGCCAUGAUGGUCCCUCUGCGGAUACUUGGCUGCAGCAUUCCCAGCUCGGACGUGUAUCAGGUUGAAUCGAAUAUCCGAGAAAAGGUGGUGUGGGAUGUGUUCCCCAAGCAGCCUGCGUCAUUACUUUACAAAAUCCAGCCACGAAAGGAUCGCAUCGCUUCCCCAGGCGCCAAGGGCUCACUGCGACUGACUGUUGAAUUCACAUGCGUUGACGACGAAUGUCUGGAUUCUGUUGAGAGGACAUUCCGAGCCGACAUCAAAGCCAGCGAAUUCCGCCGUCAUACGUCCCUGCUCACGUCACACGUCGUAGACGCAUUCCGGACCCAGCUAUCAACGUCAGAUAUGGAAGUAGUGGCACUAACACGGGAGGUUGAGAUGCUCGCGUACGAGAGCGUCCGUUGGGAAAACCUCUUUGGCGCCCUGAAAGGCCCAGCAGACGAAUUGCGAAAGUGGCUUGUGGACUGGCACCACCAGCAUCCGACCAUCACCCUCCCGGCCCAACAGCCCACGAUCCCCAGCCGACGCAUCGUGAUCCCCGUCGACAUUCCAGAAAUCCAGGUCGUGCACACGGCCGAGCUUCGACUGGCGCCCCUGGCCGACGCACAGCCCACCACCACGCACGCAGCAGUUGGACAAAUAAUCGCCGCGGAGCUGCGCCUACGUCACACGCGGAGAUGGUGUUCAGCAGAACACCAAGAGCACGCUGGUGGCGCGCUGGAAUUCGCAUACGAACUACAUGCCAACCCGGAGUUAUGGCUGGUGGGGGGUCGCCGGCGAGGAAAUUUCCUGGCUCGCGAAGGCGAAACCACGACGUUUGCCGUGACGCUGUUACCACAGAAGUCAGGCUAUUUGCUUCUGCCGGGGUUGGAGAUCAAAGCCUUUAUACCGGCCUCGUCUACGCUCACCGUGGUCACCACGCCGUCGACGGCUACUUCGGCUGCUAAUGCUAAUCCUACUGCAACGGCGGGAUCGGGCAACGCCGGGGCACCCUUGCAGCGGAGGCAAAUCGCGUGCGAGGUGGAUUAUCGCAAUCACGGGGAGACGGUGCAGGUGCUACCGGAUCUUCGCAAGACGACGGUGAGUCUAAGCACGUCUGGGGGGAGCCAAACUGGAGGAGGGUCAUGGUUGGUUGAUUCCGAGCGACGGGUCAUUAGCAGCAGCAUCACUAGCCAGUAG